AUGGCGGCGCUCUCUGACACAAGAAUCCUACUAAGGAGAAUUAACAAUUUGCGGUGCUACAUACCCAGACGAACCCGAGUGAAAAAAAAAUGGGCUGCCUCUCAGCCCAAGUUCCCUGCCACUCGUUUGGCUCUCCAGUACUUCGAUGCCACCUAUAGCAUACAGCUAGGACAACAGUGGCCCUCGGUACGUGGCAGCUUGUUAUCAGAGCGCAAGUAUGGAGCCCUGCUCAACAACUUCUCUGACUACAAGGUCGCCUUGGCUGACCUCCAAGACAAGGGUUGUAAAGAUUUUAUCAGCCACACAGACGUGGAAGUUCAGUCAUUCUUGGAUCAAGGAGAUGGAGAAGAUUCAGAUGCCAAGAAGGAGGAGAAAUGCAGCGGUGAUUUCUCGAAGAAACAUGAAAGUGAUGGUGAAGAAUUCGCCACCCCACAUCUUCACCCCAACAUAAAGUGUUUAGUGUUCCCCAGAGGAGAUAUCACAAGAUUCAAGCCUACCAGGCCAGAUAUGUAUGGGUUACUAAAUUACUACCUCAUGGAUGCAGCAUCUGUGUUGCCUUGCUUGGCUCUGGAUGUUCAGGAGGGCCACAGCCUGUUGGACCUUUGUGCUGCUCCCGGAGGCAAGACCUUGACCUUACUUCAGACACAGGCCCUUCGUUUCCUCAGUGUAAAUGAUUCCUCGGCGUCUCGAACCUCGCGUCUCAACAGGGUUCUCCACAGCUAUGUCCCCAAGGAACUACUGACAGAUAACAGACUACGCAUCACCUCCUUUGAUGGCACAAAAUGGGGGGAAAUUGAGAGCCAAACCUUUGACAGAGUCCUUGUUGACGUCCCCUGUACCACAGACAGACAUUCGGUCAUGGAGGACGACAACAACAUUUUCUUAAGGAGCAGGACCAGCGAGAGAAGGAAGCUGCCCCAGCUACAGCUGGAGCUCCUGCUGGCUGGUAUCCAGGCGGCACGUCCAGGCGGAGUGAUCGUCUACUCCACCUGCUCUCUUUCCCAACUCCAGAACCAGUAUGUGGUGGAACAAGCCAUUCAUCAGGCCAGAGACAAACACGGCAUCCACCUUCAGGUAGUCAGUCUCCGACCCUUGACUCACCUCUUUCGGAAAACCUUCCACUUUGCCUCCGACCUCCCCCUGGGUGAGAUGGUCCUCCCACACCUCACUGCUAACUUUGGACCCAUCUACAUGUGUAAACUGAAGCGGCUGAGUUAGAAAAGGAUGCUAAUGAAGCAGUUAAAGAAAAAUGGACAUUGACAAGUGUCACUGACUUCUGGGCUAUUGGGUAGGUCCUUUGAAUCCCAUUUGCUUGCCUCAAGUUCAUGUGUAACCUACGCUGCUCCGGAGUAUGUAGAGCACAGCUUAUGGCAGGUACAGAUGAUUAAAACACUGCAGAGGCAUGAGUUUGAUGGGGGGGGGGUUUGUUGUUUUAGGUCUCUUUAUUUGUA